AUGCUCUCUUUCGCAAAGUUGGGUCGCACCACUGCUGCCACCGCACAAGCUUCAUACCUUGAAUUUACGCGGGAGAUGCAUUUAGUCGAAAAGGACAGAUCAAGCGAGCACUUUCGAUCGUCCUACGUGUAUUCGUCCCUUUUCAUGCUCGCCAAAGUCAUCUCCCACGUCCAUACGUUGAGUUUUACUUCCGUCAACUGGGGAGACCACCUGGUGCCUCCCGAUCUCGCGGCCCAGAUCCCCCGCUUCAAGUCCGUUGUCGCCCUUUCGCUGGAAGACUGCAAUUUCAGGAGCUUGACGACAUUCCGGAGAACCAUUGCUGCAUUCCCCCGUAUCUCUUCUCUCCGUUUGAGGGGCUGUAGAAUAUCCACUGUGAGUGGAGAUUGGGGCUCAUCCUUAGUAUGGAACAAUACAAGGCUCGUCGAUUUGACGACUACGGACUGCCCUAGUGGCACCAUUAGCAGUCUUCUCGACUGGCUGAUUGAAAUAGAGCCGUACUCCUCGAUUCGCGACGCCAGAUUUAAAGCGGUGUCUAUCGAAGCAUCGUCGAAUCUGGGGGUUUCUCAGAUGCACUCUCAGCAAUCAUCCUUCCACAGCUUCGAGUCAGGGACGUGUAUAUACCACUUCUCUUCUUCAGCUCUAGCACGGCUAGUCUCGUGGCUUGCUAGACGCGAGGAGCAGGACUCAUUCAAAUUCACGCAGCUGCAGUUUUCCGAGGGCCAGCGCGCCAUGCGCAGAAGUGGACUUGGUGUCGUACAUCAUGGUCAUGGGUUUCAGCGUGGUCCCUCACGCGCGAUUAUCGCCAACGUGCAAGAGCACGUUCUCAAUUCCCGUGAGGAAGUGUCAGAGCUUACUCAAGCUCUUGCCUAUCUUUUGCUUCGACUCGAGGGAUGGGGACUUUAUCCCGCCAGCUGCAUAUUAAUAGAACUCACACAGCAUCCCUGCGCUACUCUCGCGUGUCUUCUUUUGAACCUUGUUUCCACUUCUCUCUUGGCGGCAGAGGUAGAGGGAGGCAAGGGGGAAUAUAAGGAUGUGUGGUACAAUGAACGGAAGAAAGAGCUGGAUUGA